UUUGAAAUGGCAGACGAAAAACGUAUUUAAAAACAAAUAUACAUUUAGAUUUUAUAUUCUUUUAAAUUUUAUCAAAAAAAAACAUCAUUUAAAACUAGAUUUACAGAGUUAAAUUGCAAGCAAGGUUCCAAAUGGUAUUUACAUUCAAUAGACUACUUUUAGUAUACAGUGCCAUUACACCUUUAUUAGCUUCCAAUUGCGUUGUCAGUGAGUGGCAAUCAUGGGGAUUUUGCACGGCUCCGUGUGGUAACAUCGGUGUAUCAUGUCGAAGCAGAACUAAAGUUAUUACUGAAUCUAAUACAGGUAUUUGUCCUGAGAGCCUGCUAGAUUGUAAAGUUUGCAACAGGUUUUGUUAUAACAACGGUUACCCCAUGAAAGAUCAAUGCAAAUGCGAUAAAGGAAUUAGCGGAAAUUGUUGCGAGUAUGGAGGAGGUCAGGUAACUUUACCACCAGAUUAUGUUCCAUUUUUAAACUCAACAAAACAACCCACAACAACGACAUCUAAAGUAACAAUAUGUGAAUAUGAUGCAAAAGAAAUACAAUGCCCAACAAAAACAUUAAUAAGAAUUCAAAGUGCUAUGUAUGGUAGACUUGAUAACACAGUAUGUAACACUGGGAACUUUAACGUAUUAAACUGCAAAAAAAAUGUUGAAGAUGUUGUGCAAAAAUUAUGCAACAACAAUAACAAAUGUGUUAUAGCUUCUAAUAAUGAUCAAUUUGGCGAUCCAUGUUUUGGUGUUUUCAAAUAUACACUUAUAAGCUAUGUCUGUUAUUCGGAAAAUCCUUGUUUGGGAUAUUUGGCUAUUGAAGAUUAUCAAAGAAGUACUGCUUUUAUUGGUUCUGUUAGUGGUCCUCUUGCAUGUGAUAGACCUUUCAAAGUAGCAUGGUAUCGCUUUACAAGUGGUGCUGGUGGAAAAAUACCAACUAAAGAUCCUCCACCCUACUCAUGUGGUGUAAAGAACCCUGUUUGGCUUAAUGGCAUUGAACCAACUGGAGUGAAUGAAAUAAAAACAAUCCCAGCAUGUGUUGUAGUUGAUAAAAAUCCUUGUGCUAACAAAGUUGAUGUUCAAGUUAAGAAAUGUUUUCAAAACAAUGAAGAGUAUUUUGUUUAUUAUUUACAACCAGUACCUGGUUGUCCUAUGAGAUACUGUGCAGGCAGCGAAAAAAAGUGUGAACUAGGGGAAAAUUCUCCAACAGGAUUUACACCAUGCUCAAGUAAUUUUCCCAAGAUAGACAAAGAUCCAAUUGUCACUGUUGGUGUAAAAGAUAAACGAAUAAGAUUUGGUUGCAAAUUCAACACAGUGAAAGAUAGCAAGGCACGGUAUGAAGUCACCUGGUUUCAAGGUCCUGAAGAAAAACAAAUUAAAGGUCCUGAAAUUUUUACAAGUGAUCAAAAUGAAGCUUUUCUUCAAAAUACUAAUAAAUAUGGAGAGAAUGCUACAUUUUGUAUGGGCUAUAAUAUUUAUUGCAAAGUGCGUUCAUAUUACAUUGGAACUGAGAGCCUCAAAAGUCCAGAUCGAAAAAGCAAUGAGUUCUUUGCAGGAUUUCAAAUAACUCCAAAAAUAUUAGAUCUUUCAGAAAAAGAUAAACCACAAAAAAUUACUAUUACAUCAACAGUACCAAUUGUAUGUGGAGAUGGAACUGAAAAUUGUGAAGUUCUUGUUGAGUUAGGUCAAACCAAAACUGACAGUUUUGUAGAUUACUGUACAUUAAAAUUCAAACCUGGGCCAGCUGGUCAAAAGCAAGAAGUUGAAGUAGUUGCUAAGAGAGAUUUUGUUGAUGAUGGACUUCAAAGGAUGUUUUUAAAACUGUUUAUUCCUGAUCAUGUAGAUCCAGUUGACUGGAAUUGUCAUAAAAAAAUUACAGAUGUUGAGAUAAAAACAGCUGAUGUUAAAACAUCUAGAUGCACAUCUACUGGUGAUCCUCAUUUGAAAACUUUUGAUCAGCAUUACUACAAUCAUUUUUAUGUUGGAGAUUAUGUUUUGGUUCAAAGUACAGCACGAAACUUUAAGGUCCAUGUUCGAACAUUUGCUUGUGGCUCAGUUUCCUGUAACUGUGGUGUAGCAGCACAAGAAGGUGAUGAUGUUAUUGUAAUAGAUAUGUGUAGAGACAAUAUUCCUAGAGCAAGAUUUGCUAGUACUGUAGAACCUCAAUCAGGAACAACACUUACAAGGAAUAACAAUGGAAAAAGUUUUAUGAUUACUUUUCCUUCUGGUGCUUUUGUUAAAUUUGAUGCUUUUCAUUGGUAUGCUAAUUUUUAUUAUGCUAACAUCGAUGUCCAAGUACCUUCCGAUGAUUUUCAAAGUACACAAGGCUUAUGUGGGACUUUUGAUAAUAACAAAGGCAAUGAAAGGAUCCCAAGAGGUGAACAAUCUUCAACCAAUGACCAAAACAAGUUUACUGAAAGUUGGAAAUUGAAUUCUGAGGAGAGUUUGUUUUACUUCAAAGGAGGGCCUCGAAAGUGUACAGCAACACGAGCAAAGACUUACUGUGUUUGUAGUGAAUCAUGUUGUGGGAAUGAACGAAAAGUCAGUUGUGAUUUUGAAGGGUAUGCAGACCGGCCAAAAUAUUUAAAUGGCAUGGUUGGAUGGAAAAAAUUAGAAUUUCCUGGUGCUGAGAAUUGUGGGCGUCGUAAACGCAGAUCAAUAUCUGACAAUGUCAUUGUACUUCCUGAUGAUGGUAAUACAGGAGUUUAUGAUUACAAUCCUGCUCAACUUUCUGGUAGUAAUACUAAUUCUUUUCCUACAAAAUCUGGAAUCACUGAAGAUAGAGCAAAAGGUGAAUGCAAGAACAAAAUUCGAAAUUCAAUUGCAGGCAAGGCUUGCAUUGAUUUCAUUGGAAAUACAUUUUCAACAGAUGAAUAUGAGAAACAAUGUGUGAUUGAUAUUCAAGUAACAGACAGUGAAAAGAUGGGUGUUGAAUCUGCUAUAAAUAGUUUAGUCAGUGCAUGUGAAGAACUCACUUUAAGAGAUUUAACUUUCUGGAAAAAUGCAGAUGGAAACAUAACUGGACCCCCAACAAAAAUUGCAGAAAACUUGUGUCCGAAUGAAUGUAAUAUGAAUGGAAUAUGUAAAAACGGUACAUGCAGCUGUAAUGCGGGUUUUAUUACAGCGGACUGCUCGAUGAAAGAAGGGCAAUCUCCUAUUUUAUUUGGCAUACCAAACUCAGGACUUUGUGAUAUCAGAGAUCAAGAUUGUGUUCGUACUCGUGUCAUAGGAAAAGACUUUAUUGAUUCUAGUUCUCUAUCAUGUAGGAUGACAGAAGUGAAGAUAUCUGAAAAGUCGUAUAAGAAAUUAGGAAAACCACGAAAUGAUCAAGGGCAGCUUCUAAGCUUUGCUGAAAUAAGUUGUCUUCUACCAACAGUCCCAGUUAAUAUUAAAUAUUCUUCUAGCCAAUCAGGAAAACCUGUAGGAGGUUAUGCAAUCAGUGUGUCAAACGAUAAUCUGAAUUUUAGUGAGAAUGAAACUCUAUUUAUUGUAUAUGACUCAAAAUGCAUGGAAUGCACAAACAAAGAAAUCCAAACGUGUAAAUGGAAGGACAACAGUUGCAAAAUUAAUGAGUAUUGUUUUGCAAUAAACGAUCCUAAUCCAAAACAAUGGUGUGAAGUUUGUAACCCCGUUGUAAGCCGAACGUCUUUCUCAAAAAGAACAGAAAACAAGCCUCCGUCUUUCGAAAAAAAUAUACUUAAGCAAUACGUUUUUAAAGGCCAGCUUUGGAAAUAUAAGAUACCAGCUAAUGAUCCUGAAAACCAAAGUUUGACAUAUAAAUUUGAGGGGAAAAAUCAUGGUAUGAAAAUAUCAUCAGAUGGAUUUUUAAAUUGGACACCUGAUAAAAUCGGUAAUUAUUCAUUUGUGAUCAAAGUUACUGAUCCUUGUGGUUUAUCCGACUCUGCCCAGUUUGAAGUUGAAACCGUGCAGUGUUAUUGCGAAGGUAGAAAUGGUGGGAUUUGCAUUUGGGAAAAUCCUGGAAGCAUUGGUUCAUCUCUAUGUAAAUGUCCUAGAGGAUGCACAGGAGAUCUGUGUAUUGAACCAAUAGAUGGAUUAAUUUGCGAAAUCAAAAUUGCAAAGACAAAAUUGCGAGGAAUUUCUAAAACAACUUUAGCCGUUAUCGUAGUUGUGUUGGUUAUACUCUUAGCAAUUUUUACAGCAUUUGCAUAUAUUUUAAUUUCGUUAAAAAAAGUCAACAAAGAAAUUAACAUUCAAAACAUAGCUAUAUUUAUUGGAGCAUCCAAAAAUGAUUCGAAAUCGAACUCUGGCGCUUUCAGCAAAAAUUCUGGCAAAGCAAGUAUUAAAAUUGAGGAUGGGUUCGUUAAAAAAGAAGUAAACACUAUAGAAAAUAGAAUUAACAAUACAUACAGUUAAAUAUAUAUUAGUAUAUAUUUA